UUUUAUUUAAUAUACUUUUAUUUUUACUACUAUGUUUGGUCGAUUUUAUUUUGUAUAAAUAAUAAAAGAUUUUUCAUUUCUAGUCUUAUAAUAAUAUACGAUUAAAACCUCUAAUUUAUUUUUUCAUUUUAAAUAGAUUAAAAUGCCGUUGUCGUGUCGGUUUUAUGCCGAACGUUAUCCAGAAAUUGACGAUGUCGUCAUGGUCAACGUUCGUAGUAUUGAAGAGAUGGGUGCUUAUGUACAUCUUCUGGAAUACAACAAUAUUGAGGGUAUGAUAUUGUUAUCAGAAUUGUCCAGAAGACGUAUUCGUUCCAUUAACAAAUUGAUUCGCAUCGGAAAGACUGAACCUGUAGUUGUUAUUCGUGUAGACAAAGAAAAAGGUUAUAUUGAUUUGAGUAAAAGAAGAGUUUCUCCUGAAGAUAUAGAAAAGUGUACCGAAAGAUUUGCUAAAGCAAAAGCUGUUAAUUCAAUUUUGCGGCACGUUGCAGAACUUUUAAACUUUGAAUCUGAUGCUCAAUUUGAAGAGCUAUACCAUAAAACAGCUUGGUUUUAUGAGGAAAGAACUAAGAAGAAGUCAUCAGCUUAUGAUUUUUUCAAACAAGCUGUUCAAGAUCCAUCUAUAUUAGCUGAAUGUGGGUUAGACGAGAACACUCAAAAUGUAUUGCUUAAUAAUAUUAAACGAAAAUUGACUUCUCAAGCUGUAAAAAUAAGAGCUGACAUUGAAGUUGCAUGUUAUGGAUAUGAAGGGAUUGAUGCUGUUAAGACAGCUUUAAAAGCUGGUCUUGCUUGUUCCACAGAGGAACUUCCAAUCAAAAUCAAUCUAAUUGCCCCACCAUUAUAUGUAAUGACAACUGCCACACCUGAAAAAACUGACGGUUUAAAAGCAUUGCAAACUGCUAUUGAAGAGAUUGAUAAAACUAUUCAAACUCUUGGUGGUGUAUUCAAAAUCCAAAUGCCGCCGAAAGUGGUUACGGCUAGUGAUGAAGCUGAUUUGGUGAGACAAAUGGAGAAAGCUGAAUUGGAAAAUGCCGAAAUUGCUGGUGAUGAUGACGAAGAAGAUGAAGAAGGUAUGCAAAAUGGUGAUGUGGAUGUUGACGAUCAAGGAGGCGAAGAGAACGAAGAAGAAUAAAAAUCUAUUUAAUAUUGAUUGAUAAUUGAAAUAUCUAUUUGAAAUAAUAUAUUAAAAAUAGGAUUUUAUGAAUUUA